AUGGUGCACAGUUCAAAAUCAGACGAAUUUCUUCAGAAAGCUAACGAAAACCAACCCGACAUUUGCAAUGAUGCCAAUGUGCAGGCUCAUGCCAAAGAUGAUAAAGAAGCGCUGAAAUUGUGUAAAAAGAAAUUACCGUAUCGUGUUGUAAAAGCUUCUAAAGCGAGCGAUGUCCUUAUAAAAUGCACUAUUCAGGCCGAGAAAAAAUGUCUAGAAGGAUGGUACCAAAUUCGCGACAAAUGCUAUCAAAUAACUGCAAAGAAUGUGGCGUACAGCUAUGAGGAAGCAAACAAAUUGUGCAAAAGUGUCAACGGCGAAAUUGCAAAAUUGACGUAUUCACAGCUUGUUAAUCAUUUCAACCUCAUUUUCGGAUCAUUGUCCCAUAUUUGGGUUUAUAUUGAAACUGAUAUCACAAAAAGGAGGAAAGGAUUCGAGAAUCAAAUUUUGUACGGAUUCGCUAUUGGAAAAUACUUGCCGUAUGGUACGACUGUGCUAGAAGAUGUCAAAUCAGUAGCACAAGUUAUUUGCGAAUAUAAUCCAGCAGAGACCGUGCCAAGUUUGCAAGCAAAAUUGUCCCGCAUUGCACAAUUCUACUAUGAAGGAAGCGUUUUCGACAAAAAACUCGUGGUACAAUCUGUUAACAAAUAUAUGUACAAUCCUUCUGAUAAUAUGGCAAAACUCGAGAAAAAGUGUAAAAGCAUUUUGAACGCGUUUUUCGUUGGAGCGGGCCAUGGAUCAUUCUAUCAACACAUUCGAGAAAUUACUGAAAAAGUCACGUCUCCGUUAACCGAUCAUACGAAAAUAAUAUUAAGUACAAUGAGAAUGAAUCGAAAUGAAAAGAAGUUCUGCUAUCUCGUUAGCGGAAAAGAAGAAUGUAUGACAGUUGGUGAUCCAGAACUUCUUAACAAUGUUGUCUUCGACCCUAACACACCAAGCCAAUUAUGCUCAAUUGCUAAUAGACAAAAUGGCAAAAUUCUCGGGGUCGACUUUGUGGAUAAAUCGAGAAUGAUGUGUUUUGAAUUUAUGGGAUUAAGGGCCCCAAUGUAUUGCCAAUCAAGCGUAAUUUCAUUGAAAUAUGCCGAAUGUCCAAAGGGUUUCCAUCGAUUCGAAGAAGGAGAACGCGUUAUUUGUCAUUUGGUGGUCAGACAAACAGUAGCUCAGAGAGAAGUUGAAGCAUUGUGUGAUAAACAUAACGCGAAACCAACAGCGAUACACACAGUAAAUGAAAUGAAAUUCAUCAUGGAUUUAAUGCCUGGGGACUUCACACAUGCGUUCAUUGGCGGCCGAAGGGAUUAUCACUGUACUUCGUGUAUUAAGGCACACACGUUUAUAUGGGAACAUGGAUUGGCACCAAACUCGAAGUUAAACUUCAUUUCCUACCAUUGGUGCCCUCAGGAACCAAACGAUUUGGAUGAACAAGAGAAUAGUCUCGAGUUUAUUAAACAUGGCGAAGGAUGCUUCAAUGAUCUUGCAGUGUAUCGUGAACGACAAGGUUACAUUUGCGGCUUAAUUCCGAAAGUCAUCUCUUAA